CUUUAUAUUUUACAGAGUAGUUUGCGACAAUGCCAACAACGACGUGACAAAAAGCCGAUCAUUUCCCGGCCGGCCGCUAAAAUGACAAAACAACCACCAACCAACGCGUAAAUUUGUAUCAUCUCAAGUCUCAACUAUUUGCAAGGAGAUGUAUCAAAUGAAACCAAAUCGACAAUGACCACAAUGGCUUCCUCUGCCUCUCCCCUGAAAUCCCUCCCCGAAGACCUCCUAAUCGAAAUCCUCACUCGAUUACAGGUAAAAUCCAUCCUCCGAUCCAAAUCCGUCUCCAAACGAUGGUCAACUCUCCUCACAACACCCCAAUUCAUCGCCGCCCACCUCCACUGCUCUGCCUCCGACAAUCCCCUGCUCAUCAUCCGCCACGGCCAAACUACAGGGGACCUCAGAAUCUCCGUGCUCGACUCAAACCUGGCAACCGUCCACCGCGAUUUGCCGGUUCCCGUCCCAAGAUACGACGAUUUCUCCGCCUCGAUCGUCGGUUCCUGCAACGGCCUGCUCUGUCUCGAGUACAGAACCACCAGAACAGCGCUCUGGAACCCUGCCACCAAGCAGUUCGCCUGGAUCCCGGAACUGGACCUCCGAUCCCCUUUCCGCCACGUGACGAGGUUCGUCGCCAUCGCGGAGAGCUACGGGUUCGGGUUCAACGGCGAGAUUGAGGAUUACAGGUGGGUGAAAUUCGCCGGAUUUUACUACAGGGACUGGAGGAGCGAAGAUGAAGCGAUAUGGGAAAGUUUGGAAGUGAAGGCGGCGGUGUUCUCGUGGAAGAGCUGGUCGUGGAAGGAACUGAGAGGUGCGCGAAUUCCGGCUGCUUCUUAUGGCCAUGCGGUGGCUGCAAACGGGCAUCUGUACUGGAUCGGGGGAGGGGACGGGAUGAGGGAUUUCGUGCUGACGUUCGAUCUCGUGGCGGAUUCAUUUCGGAUUGUCGAUUUGCCCGAGGCUCGGCCUGAUGAUGGUGGAUUGCUGACGCUCGACAUCGUGGCGAGGAUCGCGGCGUUCAGGAGCUGCCUGGAAUUGAGGUUGUACGAUGAUGAUGAGUUGGAGGUGUUGGUGAUUGGGGAGAAUGGAGUGGACAUGAGAGGGGAGACGUGGGAGUUUAUGUGUCGAUACAGAUGGUUUGAUAGUUCUACUGAUCGAGAAACGGUUGAAAGUUGUUGUGAGGGGUUGUGGAAGGGGCUUCAGAUUUUUAGACUGAUGCGAGGAGGGAGUAGGGAUCAACUGUACUUGUUUGAUCCGGGAAGCAGAGUGAUUCGUCGGUUUGAUGAUCUCGUGGGUAUUGUGUUUGGAGUUGGCAGUUUUGUGCAUAGUCUUGUUCCGGUUCGAGGUGUGAACAAUGGUGUUGAGUUGUGAUGAUCAUAGGCUUAUAGCUAAUUUUUUAGUAGGGUUUCAAUUUUCAUCAUUCAGGUUGUUAAUCUUGAUAAUAAGGAUUCAGUUUGGUUUGGUUGAUUAUUUCAUGUUUAAGAUCAUAUUUUGUUGGUGUAGGAAAAUUUAAAAAUAUAAAAAAGUUUGUGCACUCAUUUGAAGAUUAUAUUUUUCAUUUCCUCCAACUUUGUGACAUCUUUUAAAGAUAUUAUAAAUGAAAUAGAAUUUUGUAUGAACACCAAAGUUAGGAUUUAUCGUUAGGUUCCUCAAUACAACACCACAUUUAGUCAACAUGGCUAGGUUCACACAAUGCCUUAAUAGCUAUGUUUCUUGUCUUCGUCAGCUUUAGAGCUUCAUUUCAGCCUGAUUUGGUAUAUGUCCUCAAACACACCUUGUCGUAGUUAGUCUCUUGACCCCGAUCAAUAUAAGCCAAACGCACGAUAUUUUUGGAAAGUACAAUGGCCUUUUGAAAAAUAAACAUUUAAAAAUAAA